AUGCCGAAAAGAAAGGCUAAGCAUUCUGGAUGGACAUAUGGGAAACGACAAAAGAUUCCAAUCAAUUUGGGUGAUAAGGAAGAGAAUCAUUCGGAGGAGGAUCAGAUCAGUCAGCUACCAGAUGUCAUUCUAAUUAGCAUUCUUUCCCUAUUGGGUAUUAGGGAUGCAGCAAGAACUUGUGUCCUCUCUAAGAGGUGGGUCUCUCUGUGGAAACAGAUUACGUGUCUCAACUUCGAUGAUAUAGAUGCAUUAUCCAAACCACAGAAGAAAAGAAGGCAACGAGUGAAAAUAACAUCUAGUUACAAUUGGGUGAAUCAAGUCUUGCAAUUGCACCAUGGUCCAUCCUUAGAUGAAUUCAAAAUUCGUUCUUCCUCACUCGAUUGCAGUCCUAGUAGUUCUGAAAUCAACAAUUGGAUUGAAUUUGCAAUGUGGAGGAGAGUUAAAGGCCUUGAGAUAGAUUUGGAAGCAGGCAGACGGUCUCGUUUUUCUUCUCCCAGUUAUACCUUUCCAGAUAAGCCAUUUAGAAGCCCUUUUGGUAUUUCCUGCAUCAAGUCCCUUAAACACCUCUCUUUGUCCUUUGUAAAUAUAACCGGCGAACUUGUUGAGCAUUUUCUAUCCUAUUGUGAACUCCUUGAGCAUCUCUCCGUUUCUUGCUCAGAUCAAUUAGUAAAUUUUAAAGUUGCUGGUUCAUCACUCCGGUUGAAGUUCCUACAAAUAAGUGAGUGUACGUCUUUAGGAUUAGUUGAGAUUUGGGCUCCUAAUCUCGUGUCAUUUAUUUAUAAGGGAAUGUUGGGUUUUUGUGACUGUAUUCGUUUGAGGCAUGCACCCUUGCUUGUUAAUGUAUCUCUUGCAGAAAGUACUAGGUCUAUAAUUGCACCUUUUCUUUCGGUUAAAAGUUGUAUUCCUCAGCUGGUGACUCUCAACUUGCACAUGAAUAUGAAUUCGAGAGGAGGGGUGUGGCUCCCAGAAUUUCCAGAAUUUACUUGUCUCAAGGACUUAUCAAUGAGUGUUAUCGCAACUGAUCGGCUAAGCCUCCUUGCUUUGACUAAACUGAUAGAGCGGUCUCCUUUCUUGCAUAGAUUUACAUUGAAGUUAAGAUGGGUACGUGACUCGUGUCAGAGGAAUAUGCAGAAGGUUAAUAAAUGUCCUCAUCAGUGCCUUAAGGUGGUGAAAUUUUCUGGGUUCGUUGGGUCUAUUAUCGACACUGAGCUUGCCACGUACUUCACUGAGAAUGCCAUUGCGCUUGAGACGUUUAUCGUCGAUCUCAAAAAGGUUGUCGUUGAAGAAUCCACUCCAUUGUCUGAAUUUGUUACAACCCAGAAAAAAAUGAGGGCAAUAAGAAAGCGGGCCUUGCAGAUUGGAGAAAAACUACCUCCAGGAGCUGAGUUAAUUGUUUUGUGA